AUGAAAAAUAUCUCUCAUGUAAAACCCUCAGUUUCAAUCCUUUCCAAACGCAAAUCUCUCCAGGUUGAUUCUUUAAGGUUGGAUAAUUUUAUGUCGACAGGUGCUGUUACUAAACGUCAAAAAUUUGAUAGAUCGGGCAAUACUGGUAAUGCUUUCAGGCAAGAUGAUGAUUCGGAUAAUUAUUCUACAACAGCAUCUGAACUAACAGAAGAUGAAAACGGAAAGGAAGAUUACAUAGAUAGUGAUGAUGAGCAAAAUGUUUCAUGGAUUGAUAAAUAUGCACCAAAAAGUACUAAAGAAGUAGCCAUCAGACCCAUAAAGGCAAAGGAAAUGAGGUCUGCUAUUGAAGAAAUCGUUUCACCUAAUUCCAGCACUAGAAUUUUAUUAUUAACCGGUCCUGCUGGUACAUCAAAAACAACCAUUUUGAAGACUACAUUUACGGAGGUUUAUAACUAUUCUUUUAAUGCAUUUAACUCUGUUAAACAUACUGGCAUGGAAAGUAAGCCAGAGGUCAUCGAAUGGUCAAAUCAAAAUACUUAUAUCCCUCGUUCAGCAGUAAACCUUUUUCGCGAAUUUUUAACGGGAGUGAAAUAUGUUGGCAGUAAUAAGGAUACUUUAAUUAUUGUCAAGGAUCUUCCGAAUCUAACAAAUAUAUCAAUCAGAGAAGAGUUUAACAAAGUUUUACUUGAAUGGCUCCAUGACUCGAUAGAUUAUAAUAAUGAAGAUACCCCUAACCAUAAGCCUCCUUGUUUGGCAAUUGUUAUUACAGAAGUCGAAAUCCCCAGCGAGGCUGAUUCAGGUAGUAGAAACUUUGUUUCUAGUUAUAUGAAUCCUGCUUCUUUGAUUGCAGAACAAAUAUUUAAAAAGGAAGUGCUGUUGAAUCCUCACCUUAAACGAAUAAAAUUUAAUAAAGUAAUCAAAACACAGUUAAAAAAGUUGCUGACAAAAAUUGAGAAAUGUGAGCCAAAAGUUUUUUCAAAAGUGGUUUGCAACGGGGGAGAUGUUGACCAAAGCAUUGAUUAUUUUUCGACAUUUGGCGAUGUACGAGCUAGCAUUGCCAAUUUUGAAUUUUGGGCCAAAAGCUUUAGUUCGUUAAACAAUAAGAAGAAUCAGUCCAAUUCAAAAGAUACUCUUAAGCAAAUGCGGCGAGAUGUACAUUUGGAAACUUUUCACGCUGUGGGGAAAGUUAUAUAUCGGUCUAUGAAUAACCGAUUGGGAGAGCCAGUGGAAGAUAACGACAUUGUUGUUGACGAUAUUGUUGCUGAUUGGGGUGCCAAUGGUUUAGGAGAUUAUCAAAUGAUGGAGAAUCUUUUGUUUGAAAAUAUGUUACCUUUAAAUAAUCAGAUUUUAGGAAUCGAUAAGGCUCUUGAAAGUGCAGAAGCUAUGUCAAGCUGUAAUAUAAUGACAUCUCAUCCUAUUAAAUAUGCCAGUGCUAACAGAGUAAUAGCUGAGAUUGCCUCUCAAGUCGAAGUUCGAAGUCUUCGCUAUGCCUUAUUAGAAGCUCUAUCAAAGUCAAAGGGAAGUGUUUAUCGAAGGUUUACUAAAAUGAAGGGAUCAGUUUUAUAUCAAAAGAAAAAGGAAGCCAGUGCUCAGAAUCUCAUUCAAAGAUUGGAAACGAUGCAGAUUGACUGUGCUCAACAAAAUGGAAUAAUGAUUGGGCUGGAACCAUUGGUGACAUAUCAAAAGUUUUACAGAGAUGUGAUAAAAAACAAUAAACAUGUUCCUUCAGAAGUUUUUGAAUCAAUGCUGCCGGACAGCGACGACGACAUGUUUAGUGAAGAGGAUGAGAAAGAAGAGAAAAUUUCAGCUUCUGUAGCCACAGCUCAAGAUACAGUAUUGGAUGAUUUCCCACGUGUUCCCCCGUCUCUUGUAACUGAAAUUAAACAGCAAAGUCUUGAUCUUGAUGGUUUUGAUGAUGAUUUUGACGAUGAUUUUGAUGACGAAACAGUUCAAUUUUUACAUAAACAUUUGACACAAACCAUGGCUUCUCCAGCUACAAAUUAA